ACACGUGACCAAGGGUUGGGAGAGCUGCCUGGACGUUCAGGGACUCCUGGACUGCACGGCUGUUCCCCUGUGCGGGGCAUAGUUUGCGGGGGCGGGGGAGCUUUAGUAACACGGUCCCCCACUAUGUAAACAGCCUAGAGAUUUGCUUCUGGUCACUUCCAGUAAGAGAAGCAGAGUGGCUUAAUAACCAACCAGCUCAGCCCUCCCCUCCCUCAGGGCCCCACCAACCACAGCCGGAUUCACCAAGGGGCUUAGAUGGUCCUGGGGAGAGAACAUGGCGUCUGCCGCACCCAUCCUGCUCCUCGUGCUCCUUCUUGCUUCACUUGCUCCUGGGAAGAGACAAAGGAGGCCCCCAGCCCUGGAGAGUCACUUUGAGAAGAUCAAGAUACAGGAGAACUUUGACCUCCAGCAGUUUUCAGGGAAGUGGUUGCUGGUUGGUGUGGCCUCCAAAUGUGACUACCUAAGAGAAUAUAAUCACCAGCUGGAAGCAACAACCAUGGCGGUGUCUGCCUCUGAAGGGAAGUCGCUGGCUGUCAGUACCUUCCGGAAACUAGAUGGAGUAUGCUGGGAGAUUAAGCAGCGAUACUGCUCCACCAAGACCAAGGGGCGAUUCCUCCUGAAAGGCCGUGGCAGCAGUGUGGAUGUGGUGGUGGGGGAGACAGACUACAACAGCUACGCCAUCCUGUACUACCAGAAGCUCCGGAAGAUCUCCAUCAAGCUCUAUGGACGCAGCAUCCGGGUCAGUGACGCCAUCAUAGGUAAAUUCGAGCAGCGCAUCACAGAGAUGAACUUGAAUGAGGACUUCACCUACUACUUCCCCACUUAUGGGUUCUGUGAGUCCACAGAUCAAUUUCAUCUGCUUGAUGAAACGAAGAUUUAGGUGAAGAGGGAAAUGCCAGAGACUGCGGGAGCCAACCAGCCAUGUCUGCAGGCAUACUGAGCGCAGGGGCUUGGCCACGGGAGCUGCCAGUGAAUUCUGUGGCCCAGUUAUUCAGCCAGGGCUGGGGAGCUCCAGGUGGAUGCUGGGCCAAGGGAGUGAUGAAGGGGUGGGAUUGGGGUCUCCUCUGUAGCCCUAACCCUAGUGUUUGUUCACUCCCAGCCCUUGCUCCCCCUCACUUCCCAGGCUCAUGUCUCUUCCACAUGAUACUACCACACAAAGGCGGAUUUGGCUUUUGUGGGGCCCUGCGCCAGAGCAGUGGGGCCCGCUCCCCAUCCCUUCCUCCUGCAGUCCUCCCCAACCCCUUCCGUGCUCCUGCCAAGGAGUGGGGUUGGGGUGCGGCCAGCAAGAGCGCCAGGCAGGCAGAGUGGUUCAGGGUACGGGGGCACCCGUUUUUCUGGGGACCCCAAAUUGGCCAGGGCCCCUGGGCACAGGCCCCGUUGGCCCAGUGGCUAAUCCAUGAUUGCCCCCAUGCCCUUCUGCGGGAUCCCCUGCCCAGUUGCCCCUCACUGCUACUGCCUCGCUCCUCUUACCUGAUUCGGUGCUCGCUCUUGUUGCUGUCCCCAGACGGGCUGUGAGCCCCCAUGAGGAAGCCCUGCUCUCCUGACACUGACGCAGUGCGGCCGGGCAACCCUUCAGCUUCCACCUCCUGUGCGCUGCCCCUGUCAAUUUCUCAGGGCCUGGCUGUGCCCGUUGUGCUGGGCUCAGUGCAGACUGACAUGGAGCAGAUGCCCAGCUCACGCUCUCUCUCUGGAAUCCACAAUAAACGCUGGCCAGGCUGGGAAGGCCCCUGUGCUCCUUGCAGAUGGGAAAAGGACACAAGUGUGCCAGGAGGGUUGGGCAGGUGGGAUUCUCCACUGCAGGGGCCCCAUACAGUUCCAGCUCCUGUGGUGAGAGUUAUUCCUGCUGCCCCAGCAGGACAUUCCUUGCAGGAGCGUUGUGCCAUUCAGUGCCAUUCACCCUGUGGGGCAGGAGGCAUGAGCAAGUCUGCAGCCCUUCAACAAUCCGCUUUGCUGGCGAUGUCUCCAUUGCCCCUUGCCCCAUUGGCUGUGUGGGUCCCAGCCCCAGCCCUGUCCCCUUAUCACUGCUUCAGUCCCUGAACAUGGCUGAUCUGCGGCACCCUGCGCUCUCCCAGCAACGCCUUGAACAGCUGACCUGGGGAAGAGCCGGGGCUCGGGGACACA